AUGAGGAAUGAGUUGAAGGAAAUAAGAGACAAUAUAACUAUGUUAAAGGAUACAGUUCUUGCAUGCAAUAAAAACCUCGAGAAAAUGGAUUGCAGAGUCACCAAGUUGGAAAAACUAUAUGAAGAACGUCUGAUUAAGUGCGACACUAAAACACUAGAGGACAGGAUAAGUGAACUUCCGGUCCAACUUAAUGAGAGAGAUCAGGACCUCUUAUCCAAUGAUCUGGAGAUAUCGGGGUUACCGGAGCAAAAAGGUGAAAACCCUAUCAAUAUCGUGGUGCUAUGCGCUAAAAAGACAGGUCUCGAUAUUGAUCACUGUGUGAUAGUUCAUGCAGAGCGUGCUGGUACUUUGCGUACAUCUUAUUACAAUAACAAUAGCGCUCAAAAACUCAUGUCUACUGGACCCCGCAAGAUUGUGGUGCGGAAGAGUCGGCGUGCUGUUCGGGACGAGUUGCUAUGUUGUGCGCGGGUUCGACGCAACAUAACGAGUGAUUCACUGGGGUUUUCUGGAGAUCCGUGUCGGAUUUACAUUAAUGAGCGGCUUACUCCCGUCAAUAGGAAAUUGUUUGGGAAGACAUGUGAGGCAGCAAAAAAGGGUGGCGCUACAAAUGGACAAAGGGUGGUCAAAUAUUCGUAA